AUGUCAAACGAAAACACUACAGAUUCGUUGCUUCAAGUUGGCAGUAAUCAAUUUACAUCAAAAAUGUUUACUGAAGUUGCGAAAGCAAAUCCCCAGAAGAACUUCAUUCUGUCUGCGAUAUCUGUUAUGCCACCUCUUGCUGAAUUAGCUUUAGCGUCGGUUGGUGCAUCACACGAUGAACUUCUAGCAGCAAUCGGAAUGCCUAGUGAUGACACUGCAAAGGCAGUUUUCUCAUAUGCAAACAAGGAAUUAAAUGUCACUAAAGGAAUCACACUAAAAACCGCCAGUAAAAUUUAUGUUCGAAAAAAUUACACACUAAAUGAUGACUUUGUUGCUGUUGCAAAGGACGUUUUUGAUUCAGAAGUUACAAAUAUAGACUUCAAUGACAAAGAAAAAACAGCUGCUGAAAUUAAUAAUUGGGUUUCAAAUAAGACAAAUAAUCGAAUCAAGGAUAUAGUCAAUCCCCAGUCCAUCGAUGGAGAUACCAAAGCUAUAUUAGUCAACGCCAUUUACUUCAAGGGCAUAUGGGUUUACAAAUUCGAUGAGCAGUCGACAAAGGACAAAGAUUUCCAUGUGAGCAACAAUCAUGUAAUCCAAAUACCUAUGAUGUUCGUAAGAGCCCAUUUCGACUACACAGAAAGUAUAGAGCUUAAAUCUCAAAUAAUUGAAAUUCCAUACACCGGAAAUCAAGCUUCACUCGUUGUUGUACUUCCAUAUGACAUUGGAGGUAUUGUGGAGUUACUAGAGAAGUUAAAAGAUCCGAAUGUUAUAGAUAAUGCUUUAAAAGAUAAGUAUAAGACAGAAGUAGAACUGACAUUACCAAAGUUUAAAAUCGAAACAACUACUGAUCUAACAGACAUUCUUAAAAAGAUUGGCGUCACAAAAUUAUUCGACGCAACUGAAUCUAGAUUAAAUAACAUGUUAAAAAACACUGAAGAUUUAUACAUAGAUUCGGCUACUCAGAAAGCAUUUAUAGAAGUUAAUGAAGAAGGCACUGAAGCUGCUGCUGCAAACAGCUUGUCUAUCAUGUUCAUGAUUCCUCCUAGUAUCCAGUUCCCGCCAAUUCAAUUCAAUGCUAAUAAACCGUUUUACUACGCUAUUAGAAUGAAUUCAUUGACAUUGUUCAACGGAGUGAUGUAUGGUCAUUAA